AUGAGCUGGAACGCUGUAGGAUCGAAGGCCACUGCUAGCCUGGCGAGGAAGACUGUCGCUGCUGACGCGACCCAUCGCCAUCUGGCUGCGCACAGACAUUCGUUGCCUCGCCAGCUCUUUCACCACCCGCGCCGCUCCCGCUUCCUCGAUCCUGUACAGAAGGUCCACCUGUCCACCACCUCCGCAUCGGAAGCAGUAGCCUCUUCUAAGGGCAAGUCCCCUCGUGACGCUAGCACUGCGACGCGAUCCGGGUCCGAGGCUGCCCCACCUAUCAGAGUCACCGACAACAGAAACCACCAAUCGAGCACCAGCAGCAGCGCAGAGGAGUCGUCCCGUAACCCUCAAGCCGAGACUGUGCUCGAGGUGCAUGACAAAGCACAAGGUGCCCAGAAGUCGCAAGCACAAUUCCCAUCCGAUACUGUCGCUUCCACCGACCCACCAUCAAGUUCGGAGCAGGUGCCAUCUCCACGACAGCAGCAAGAUACAGCCUCGACCGAAAGUCAUCAACAGGAUGCCCAGCCAAAUCAGCACACCCAAUCCUCCUCAAACGCCGCCGCAUCAGCGAACAGUGGGCCUGUGACGGGCGAGGAUCUGCUAAAGCAGCGCUUCUUCCACGCUCAGGAACAGAAUAAACGUGUCUACUCUGGUCUCACUCCGCCGCACAACCCUGCCGCCAACCUCUAUCCUUCGUUCACCACCCCGUCCACUGAUCAGGUCGCCAAUCCACCGGGCACGCCCUCCAACGCAUCUGCAACCGGAACAGCAUCACCAUCAGCGUCGACGUCAACAUCGCCAGAUCCAUCUCAACAGGCAACAGGCUCGUCCAGUGCCUCGUCCGAUCCGUCCGGAGCACCACAGGCGACCACGUUCCCUCCUGGCUCGGCCAACGGCGACAUUGAAUUCGACCCACGUCUGCAACGCCAUGCUUCGUCACAAUCGCUGCAGAGCCUCCAGGUGCCCUUUGACACGCAUGGCUUCGUCAAGCGACUCGAAGCCGGUGGCUGGAUCUCGACCGUCGCCAAGAUGCAACGCGCAGCAGCCAACACCAAAGCAGGCAAGGGAAAGCAAGCGCAGGUGCAGCCCGAUGCUCAAAGCCUUGAGCUCCAGAUCGCCCGUCGACACGAUCCAGCCGAGGCCAUCAUGGAGGGCGUCCGUCAUCUCAUCACCACGCGAGGUCGACAGCUUGCACAUGCAUGUCUCAACAAGAGCGAUGUCGAGAAUCAGGCGUACCUCUUCAAGGCGGCCUUGUCCGAGAUCCGGACCGAAGUGCAAGUGCGAGGCAGAAACGACGCCGCUGGGCUGCGAAGCAUCACCACGCUCCUUCAGCGCGAGGUGGAUGCGCUCGAGCAAAAGAUGAAGGAGGACGUCGAACGCCUCAAGCACGACAUCCAGGUGGACAUGAACAAUCGCAAAGCCGAAUCGAAAGAGGAGCAGAACAACCUCGAGCAGGAGAUUCAGGAUCUAAACAACCGUUUCACCAUCAGUCUUUCCGAUCUCAAAACCGAGAUCGAGCAAAACGUCAAGUGGGAUGCCACCAGACGCAGUCUCUUCCUCGUCUUUGGUAUUGCUGCCAUCGUCGCUGCCAACCUUGCCAUCGCCGACUAUCUCACCAGAGACGACGAGGCGGCCAGAGCAGCUGCCAGCAAGGAGCCUGUCAAUGCUGGCAUUCCACCCGCAUCCGCAUCGCUCGGCUGGGCCACCGAAGGUCGCAUCCUGUCGAUCCUGCCGAUCAUGCUGCUCAAACCCAACUGCCGCCUGGCAGCGGCGAGUCGACGGGCAUGCCGAGACUUGCGACGUCACUUUUCGAGUCACGGGCCCGCUGUUGCUACUGCUGGUCUCUACACCGCCUCGCACCGGAGCGCCCUGGGUCCAAUGCAGCGACGUAAUGAUCGCGCCGCAUCGGCAAAUUCGACCGCGCACGCACGUCACUUCAGCUCCACGACACCUCUUGCUCAAGCGCAGUCCUCGGAACUUCGCGUUCCAGAUUCUGAUGUUGUCAUCCGUCUACUCCCCGACAGCAUCUCGAUCGAGUCGCAGCGAUUAGGUCUGCAGCCUUUCCGCUUCGACCACGUCUGGCUGCGCGAUGCUUGCCAAGCGCCGCAGUCGGUCCACCCAAGCAACCGCCAGAAGCUCUUCCAUACCAGCGACGUACCGCUCGACGUUUCCCUUCUCGACACCGAGCAUGCACCCAGGCUGGUCACAGCGGGAGACGAGCCAGCACUCCGACUGGUGUUUGCAAGGGAUCAUGCUGUCGUCAACGCGUUCACCGCCACCUUCGGUGACGUCAAGCAGCGCGACGCACCGCACGUCUCGGAGUUUGCCAUCUCCUUCUUGCUCCGUCAUGCUAUCGACACCUUUUACGCUGAUACACACAUGGACGUCAUGUCCGUACCGCAAAGCUGGGCGGCCAAGGAUCUUACGCACUUCAAGACAGAGCCAUGGUCAGCGGAUGCACCGACACCCUCUUCGGAUGCUGUUGAGCAUGGAGCGAUGGCCCGACCGGUGCGCAUUCCAUGGGAUGCCAUUCGACUCCCAGGCACCCCUGACGAUGCCACACGAGCCAAAGCGCUGUACGCUCUCACUGAGGCAGUUGUCCGGGAUGGGUUUGCCUUUGUCACCCGCCUCCCCACCGACACUACCGCGACCGAGGAAGGUCCGCAGUCUGCACGUCUGCGCGACCUGGCUGAGACUAUGGGCGAGCUACGCAACACUUUCUACGGCCUACUCUGGGACGUCCAGUCCAAAGCAGACGCACGUAACAUCGCCUACACGAACCUCGACCUAGGACUCCACAUGGAUCUUCUGUACUUCCAGAACCCGCCUCGUUUUCAAUUCCUUCACAUGCUAAGGAACAAAGUGCGUGGCGGCGCUAGCAUCUUUGUCGACAGCUUCAAAGUGGCAGAGCGUAUGUGGGAGGAGGACCGCGAGCUGUGGGAGGUGCUCACCAAGGUGCCUGUCGGAUUUCACUAUGUCAACGAUGGCAGGCACUAUCGAUUCACACAUCCGACCUUCGAGUUGGCGCACGACACCGAGGGGCAUGCAGGCGGCCCCUUGGCUGGCUCCACCAUGCCCAGGCUCAGCGCCGUUAACUACUCGCCGCCUUUCCAGUCGCCGAUCCCGUUGCACCCAACCGAGCAACUCAAAGCGCCAGAGCAGAGGCAGACCUUCUACCGUGCACUCAAGCGCUUCUCCGAUCUGACGCUCGCAGAAGAGUUCAGAUACGAGAAGCAGAUGGAAGAGGGAGAGUGUGUCGUCUUUGACAACAGGCGCGUGCUGCACUCCAGAAAGGGCUUCGAGUGGGACGAGAGCAAGCAGGGCGACGUCAAGCGCUGGCUCAAAGGAUGCUACGUUGAUGGCGAUGCGAUUUGGAGCACCUACCGAACACUGCGCACCAAGAUUCACGGACGAGCCCCUCUUGUGGCUGCCAACCGCGGUCGUCGCUCCUUCAGCACCGCUUCGAGCAGAUCUGCUGUCGCUGCGGCUGCCACCGCACCCUCUGCAGCACCAGGAGCGCCGGCAGCGACCGAGGCUUCGAUAACCAUGAGCUCGUUUGCACCGCUCUCGGACGAUCCCACUGUCGUGGACCUCCGCUCGCUGAACGGCCUGCGAGAACCUUCCACGUCGUUCUCCGCCUAUCGCCCUGUUCCGCCCCUCUCGACUGCAACUCUACCCAAGCUCUACAAGCAGCUGUCCAAGUCUCGACUCACUUUCCUCAUCGUGCUGACAGGCAUGGCUAGUUACUCGCUGUGCCCCGCAGCCCUCACCGUCGCCGUUGCCUCUCCCGUCACCACGCUCCUCGCUCUCACCGCCGGCAUGACACUGUGCUCAGCCGCAGCCAACGCGCUCAACCAGCUCGUCGAAUCGCCGUACGAUGCGCAGAUGCAGCGCACACGCGCGCGGCCGCUCCCCUCGCGCGCCGUCACACCUCUGCACGCGUUUACGUUUGCUUCUGUCUCGGCCGCGUCGGGCGUCGGGCUGUUGCUGACCAUGGUCAACCCGCUAACAGCUCUGUUGGGGGCGGCGAACAUCGUGCUCUACUCGUUCACCUACACGCCCAUGAAGCGCACCACGAUCGCCAACACGUGGGUCGGCGCCGUCGUUGGCGCUCUACCGCCGCUGAUGGGGUGGGCCGCAUGCACGGGCACGCUGCACACCGCCAACGAUUUGGGCGGGUGGUCGCUCGCCGCCCUGCUGUUUGCAUGGCAGUUCCCGCACUUCAAUUCGCUCGCGCACAUACUCCGGGCUGAAUACGCUCGCGGAGGGUACCGGAUGAUGUCUGUCACCGACCCGGCGCUCAACAGGCGCGUCUCGCUCAGGUACGCCGUCGCCCUCUUGCCAAUCUGCACGCUCAUGAUGCCGUUGAGUGGCAUUGUUAGCCCUGUAGCGUUCGCAGUCCUCAGUACGCCGUUGAACCUGCUCAUGGCGCAUGCGGCGUGGAAGUUUUAUCGCCAGAAAACCGUCAAGUCGGCGAGGUGGUGCUUCUGGGUCAGCUUGAUCCAUCUGCCUGCCGUGAUGCUCCUUGCUAUGGGCUGUAAGCCUGAAGUCUGGGACGGCCUGUAUCGCUUCUUCGGCUGGUCCACAAAAGAGGACAAGGACGCCUCGAGCGAAGAAAAGCUCGUCUAA